AUGGCUGUGGCCUGUGCUGCCCCAGGGAGCAUCUUCUGCAAGCAGCUCUUUUUCUCUCUCCUGGUUUUAAUAUUAUUUUGUGAUGCUUGUCAGAAAAUUUCUCUUCAAGUUCCUUCUCAUCUUCAAGCUGACACACUUGUAGGAAAAGUGAAUCUGAAGGAGUGCCUCCAGUCAGUAGCCAGCCUAAUCCAGUCAAGUGAUCCAGACUUCAGAAUUCAGGAAGAUGGCUCGAUUUUUGCAACACAUGACCUCAUUUUGUCUUCCGAAAGGAAAAGUUUUUCCAUUUUUAUUUCAGACAGUCAGACUCAGAAAAACAAAGGGAUAGAAGUGGAACUGGUGGUGAGGAGAAAGCUUCUUGUGAAAAGGCAAACCAAACAACAGCAGAAAAGCCUGAGGCGCAGCAAGAGACGGUGGGCCCCUAUUCCCUGUUCACUAAUGGAGAACUCCUUGGGUCCAUUUCCACAACAUGUUCAGCAGGUCCAAUCUGAUUCUGCACAAAACUACACCAUCUUUUACUCCAUAAGUGGGCCAGGAGUAGACAAAGAACCCUUCAAUUUGUUCUUCAUAGAUAAAGACACAGGGGAUAUCUUUUGUACAAGAAGCAUAGACCGUGAGCAAUAUGCAGAAUUUCCGCUAUACGCUUACGCAACAACUGCAGAUGGCUAUGCUCCAGAAUACCCACUUCCUUUAUUAUUCAAAGUUGAAGAUGAUAAUGACAACGCCCCAUAUUUUGAAAGCAAAUUGACUGUCUUUAGUGUGCCUGAAAAUUGCCGAUCUGGAACUUCUGUGGGACAAGUGACUGCCAUAGACCUUGAUGAACCUGACACUCUACAUACUCGUCUGAAAUUCAAAAUCUUACAGCAAAUCCCAGAUCAACCAAAGCAUUUCUCCAUACAUCCUGAUACAGGUGUCAUCACCACAGCAACACCUUUGCUGGAUAGAGAAAAAUGUGAUACCUACCAGUUAAUAAUGGAAGUGCGAGACAUGGGUGGCCAACCUUUUGGUUUAUUUAAUACAGGAACAAUUACUAUUUCACUAGAGGAUGAAAAUGACAAUUCGCCAUAUUUUACAGAAACUUCUUAUUUUGCAGAGGUAGAAGAAAACAGAAUUGAUGUUGAGAUUUUAAGAAUGAAGGUACAUGACCAGGAUUUACCAAACACUCCUCACUCAAGGGCUGUAUAUACAAUCCUACAGGGGAAUGAAAAUGGACAGUUCAAAAUUGCCACAGACCCCAAUACAAAUGAGGCAGUCUUGUGUGUUGUCAAGGCAUUGAACUAUGAAGUCAGUCGCCAAGUUGUUUUGCAAAUUGGUGUGCUUAACGAAGCACAAUUCUCUAAAGCAGCAAACUCACAAACUCCCACUAUGUGCACUACUACUGUCACUGUAAAAGUUAAAGACAGUGAUGAGGGCCCUGAGUGCCAACCACCAGUAAAAGUUAUUCAGAGCGAAGAUGGCUUCCCAGCUGGCCAAGAACUCCUUGGAUACAAAGCAGUGGAUCCGGAAACACGCAGCAGUGAAGGCUUAAGGUAUAAGAAGAUAAGAGAUGAAGAUAACUGGUUUGAAAUUGAUGAACGCUCCGGUAACUUGAGAACUGUGAAAGUGCUAGACAGAGAAUCAAAAUUUGUAAAAAAUGAUCAAUAUAAUAUUUCUGUGGUUGCAACAGAUGCAGAUGGCAGAUCUUGCACUGGAACAUUAGUAGUUCGUUUGGAAGAUUAUAAUGAUCAUGCACCACAACUUGAAAAAGAAGUGACAAUUUGUCAGCAUUCUAAAGAUUUUGCUGUUCUUGAACCCGUAGAUCCAGAUGGACCUGAUAAUGGUCCACCUUUUCAGUUCUUUCUGGAUAAUUCUGCCAGCAAACUUUGGACUAUAGAAUCAAAGGAUGGUAAAACUGCCAUUCUUCGUCAACGGCAAAAUCUUGACUAUAACUAUUAUGAUGUGCCUAUCCAAAUAAAAGAUAGACAUGGGUUUGCUGCAAAACACAUGUUAUCAGUGAGAGUAUGUGAUUGUACAACUCCAUCUGACUGUAACAUGAAUAUUAAAGAUGUGAGAGAUGUCAAGUUAUCAAAUGUAAUACUUGGAAAAUGGGCUAUUCUUGCCAUGGUGUUGGGUUCUGCGUUGUUGCUGUGUAUUCUGUUUACAUGUUUCUGUGUUACUGCUAAGAAGACAGUAAAGAAAUGUUUUCCAGAAGAUGUAGCCCAACAAAAUUUAAUUGUAUCAAAUACUGAGGGACCUGGAGAAGAAGUAAUGGAAGCAAAUAUUAGACUCCCCACACAGACAUCCAACAUUUGUGAUACAAGCAUGUCUGUUGGCACUCUUGGUGGCCAGGGAAUCAAGACGCAACAAAACUUUGAGAUGGUCAAGGGCUGUUAUACUCUGGAGUCCAACAAAGGAGGUGGACAGCACACCUUGGAGUCUGUCAAGGGAAUGGGACAGGGAGUAACAGAUACUGGCAGAUAUGCAUACACCGACUGGCACAGCUUCACCCAACCUCGACUUGGAGAAAAGGUGUAUCUUUGUGGUCAAGAUGAGGAGCAUAAACAUUCUGAAGACUACGUUCGUUCAUAUAACUAUGAAGGAAAAGGGUCUGUGGCUGGCUCGGUCGGCUGCUGUAGUGAUCGGCAGGAAGAAGAGGGGCUUGAGUUUCUAGACCAUCUGGAACCCAAAUUUAGGACACUAGCAAAGACUUGUGUCAAGUAA